AUGCGGGAAUUGCAUGAUGGGAUUGAGCUCCUGGAGACGGAGAGGGAUGAAGGGCCGUUUGUGUGGAGGAAUUGGGAUAAGUGGGUUGAGAGGUGCGAGCGUGUGAUUAGUUUCCUGGAUACGUAUCCCGAGACGGGGGAUGGCGGGAAGAAGGUGCCGGCGUGGAGGGAGAGGGGGUUGGUGUGUGGGGUGGAGUGGUCGGUGUUUAGGGGGAUGGUGGAGAGGUAUAGGGGGUGGUUGAAUGAGAAGUAUGGGGGGGUGGCGGGGUUGAGGGAGAAGUUGGUGUUUGCGCAUAAUGAUACCCAAUACGGCAACAUCCUCCGCCUCCUCCCCACCACCGAAUCCCCCCUCCUCCUCCCCGCAAACACCCACAAACAACUCGUCGUCAUCGACUUCGAAUACGCCUCCGGCAACACCCCCGGUCUCGAAUUCGCAAACCACUUCACAGAAUGGUGCUACAACUACCACGAACCCUUUACCCCCUACCUCUGCAACACCAAAUCCUUCCCCACCCCCGCCGAGCAACGCCGCUUCAUCCGCGCCUAUCUCAACCACCGCCCGCAAUUCUCGGGCUUUGCAUCCGCCUCCGCGACACCCAAGGUGGUGCCUAGCCCUGGGCCGGGAAACGCGGGGAUUUCAGCGUUUAUGCUGGAUUCAAGAGGGUCGCCGGUGGGGGAGCAGGCGCCGGUUGGGUAUGCGGAGGAGGAGCAUAGGAGGAUUGCGGAUGUGGAACGCAGGGUGGAUGAGCUGAUGGUUGAGGCAAGGUGGUGGAGAGUCGCGAAUUCAGCGCAGUGGGUUGCGUGGGGGAUUGUGCAGGCGAAUAUCCCGGAGCUGGAGGAGUAUGAUGCUGCGUGUCGGACGGCGAGUGCUGGUGCGCCCGCGGGUGAGGUGGGGGAGAUGGAGAAGUUGGAUUUGGAGGAUGGUGCGGGUGAGGAGGUGGAGGGGGGGAAAGGGGGGAAUGUGGAGGGCGAGGAUAAGGAGGAUGAUGAGUUUGAUUACGUGGCGUAUGCGCAGGAUCGGGCGAUGUUCUUCUGGGGGGAUUGUGUGGCGUUGGGGCUGGUGAGGUUGGAGGAUUUGCCGGAGAAUGUGCAGGAGGCGGUUAAGAUUGUGGAUUAUUGA